GAAGGGAAUUCCCAUCACCUGCCGAUUGCUUUUCCCCCCCUUUUCUCUCCUCCGCACACACACACACGUCUGAUUUGCUCGCCUCCCCAAGAAAUCAAAAUGUCCUCCUUGGUCAUGGACGAGGACCUCAAGGCCAAGGCAGAGAUCUACCAUGGGGACGAGCUUUGCAGGCAGAAAACCUUGGAUCUUCUCAAGGAGUUGGAACUGCCCAAUGGCCUCCUCCCCUUGGAGGACAUCUUAGAAGUCGGGAUCAUCAGGGAGAACGGCUAUGUCUGGCUGAAGCAGAAGAAGAGGAAGGAACACCACUUCAAGAAGAUCAGCAAGAUGGUGUCCUACAACACCGAGGUCACCGCCUAUUGUGAGAAGGGCAAGUUCAAGAAGAUGACUGGGGUGAAGAGCAAGGAGCUGCUGAUCUGGGUGACCCUGACUGAUAUGUUUGUGGACGACACCAAUACUAAGAUCACCUUUAUUGGCCCAGGAGGGUUGGGAAGGACUUUCCCUAUUUCUGCCUUCCAAAACGAGGAGAAGUAGACACCCUUUCUCAUUGCUGGUUCUUUUCGUCUACUAGUAAGGAUGCUAUAGUUGGAGUCUUAUGUCCUUAGGAAGACGAAGAAGAAGUACCGUGUUUUUAUUUUUAUUUGGGCGGGGCCUGCUUUUGUGAUGGCUAUCCAGAAAUGGAGCCCCUUAUUCUGCUUAUCUUUUUAACUUCUACUCUUUCGCUCCUUUUUUGUUGUUCGCAUGGGUUUCUUUGAUCUUCUUGAAUGUUGGGGAUUGGUCUUAAUGUGUUGUUCCAUGGCAUGUGAAGUCGUUCCCUACCCAAAUAAGAUCAAUUGAGUCUA